AUGAAGAUGUCCUCGGGACGUAAGAGGAGAGGAAGAAGGAGGGAUGCUGGGAAUGAAGACAACAGGAGAAACUUAAGGAAAAGGAGAAAGAGAGGAGAAAGGAGGACAUCUGCUCUCACUCUGCUCGUCAGCCUCAUCGCAGAGGGGCACGUUGCCACGGCGACGCCUGAGCGAGGGCUCACCUGCCGACAGGAGAUCCCCGCCGAGCUGAUUCGAGAGCUGUGGAGCCGGACCAAACAGCUGAUCAACAAGCUGCCGAAAGAAGAGAAGUUCUCCAGGCGACACCGACUGCUGCCAAAGUUCUGCACCAAAUGUUCAGAGCGUGCCAUUGGCUGGCUGGAGAUGCGGGAACUGAUUGAUGUCUACCAGAGGAGUGUGUUCAGGAACGAGGUCGUCCAGAAGCUCCUCCCCCUCCACUACAACGACCUGCUGCACCGAAUCCAACACACACUGCAGCACUGUGUUUCCUCCUCCAAACCUUCAAAAUGGUUCAAAAUCAUCAAGAAACUGGAGAGAAAAAUUAAAAAGAGGAGGAGAGACGAAGGAGCGCUGAAGGCCGUUGGAGAGUUCACCUUCAUCCUCAGGUGGAUCGAUGAGCUGGCUCAGCACCACGUCCUGUAGAGCCUCGUCAUCAUCAGCAGCCGAAUUAUCGUCGUCAGUAUUGUCAUUGUCACCUUCAUCAUCAUCAUUUUCAGUUUUAUUUAAAUCUGUUAAGUUUGAUUUUUCAAAAUGAGUUUGGAUCGCUGCCAUCGUUACACCUUCUCCUCAGGAAGUAUUGACUGAGCUGUUUCAGGACACGAGGUCUAAAUGUUUCAGUGCCCAAAAUCUUUUUUAAAAUCUUUUGAUCUGUUACGUUAAAAAAAAAAGUGGUAUUUUGUUUGUAGGUAAUGACACUGAGCCUCGAUCACCGUCAGCAGAAGCUGUCUGAGCAGCAGCUUCUAAAAAAGGUCUUUAAUCGUAUUUUAUUUUGAAGUAUUGAUUCCUGUUUUAAAUGUUCAACAUUUGUAUUAAUGUAGCUCUAUUUACAGAAUAAGUUAUUUUUCAGAAAAUAUUUAUUGUAUUUGAGUAUUCACUGAAGAAGUGUUAGACGUACUUGAACCUUUAAUAUAUUGAAUUAAUAACAGUAUGAAGGAAAAUA